AUUUUGACGUCUUUGUGAUAGUCCCUAACCUCAAUAGCAUACAUUGUUGAACAAUAACUGAACAAAAUAUUUUAUUAUUUUGCGUAAAAGUGUAAUUAAAACAAUGGCAACAAAAUUGCUUCGCCUGCGAACGCAAUUCUCGCAAUCCUAUACCACGAACAGUUCGUUGCUGAAAACAAAGUUUGAUGCCGUGCAAAAUAGAAUAAACAAUUUUCAAGUACCCGAUCGUUUCAAAGGAACAAUGGUUGAGAAAUGGAUGUUAUAUUGGAAAGGGCUUGUUUCAGAUUAUCGUGAUGUUUUUAUGGACGUUAUCAAACAAGCAAAGGAGAAACCGAUUCGGGCAGCAAUUUACGGUGGAUUGGGUGCGUCAACAGUGUACAGUUUCAAGCAUAACCCCAGUGAAAGCGAUCAUAUUGAACAGCUUCGAACAUACAAUACCAAAAUGGUGUUGGUGGAUCCAGUUUGUCAAAAUAAAGUCUCAUCGCAAUAUCUCACAUUUGUGGAACGAUGUCACAACGAAGGCAUUGUCCGUCGAUUGAAUUUGGGCAUUGUUUCAUUGCUGUGGCUGGACAAUUACGAUCGAGCAUUAGGUUUAUACAAGGCAACCUGUUCAUUUACACGACCCGAGCUUAUUACAUGGCACCAAAGAAUCAUUGACGUAGGCUUCUUGGAUAAAUGGUGGAAAAUCGAGGAGAAAAUGAUAGAUUAUGAUAUUAAUGAAAAUACUUUGUAGAAAAAUCGCUUCAAAACAUAUAAAUGUUGGUUUUAGAAAACCACUGCAUUCUGUGCUAAGUUACAUGUGAAAAGAAUAAAUAAGUUUAAAGGCA